AAGAUCGUUUUAGUUGCUUCGAAACAUCAGACCGAAUUUAUUUAUUUUCAUUUUUUUCCUUCAUUUUGCGCUCCGUACAGUAUUUUUUUCUUCGUUCUUGUGUGUUUCGGUUGUUGCCGAUGAAUUCGAUUCGAAGAAGUUAAGUUAAUUUCACUCACAGCGCUUCUGAAUAUUGAUCACCCACCAUCAAUUUGAACUUUAUCGGAAAUUUCGUAUACGAUUACAGUGCCUAUUGAUAAAUUCUUCGGCUUUUACAUGAGAUUUAUGGCAUACAAAGUUUUCCUAAAGUGAAGAAAAGUUACUUUGUGGUGUUAAUUAUAAUGUCGUGCUGUUUGAAUUUGUUUAGUAAUCGUAAAUCUUACACAUUGCCCACACUUGUGCAGGGAAUAUCUUUUACGCACACAAAUGUAUCGAAUCAAAACCACCGACCAGUGGAAAAUGGUGAUGUACCAUCAUCGGAUGCUGCUGUUAUAUAUUCACCUGUUACACCACCUGUAACUGUUGCACCACCUGUUCGACCUCCAUUGCCUAAAGUUAUGUUAGAGCAGAAUGAUUCCGAUGCUCACGACACAAACACUUUCAAGGCGACCAAGAAAGAAGAUGAAAAAGUGCGUUCUAAAUCAUUCACUGAUACGGUUCGUCGGAAAAAGGUGAAACCUUGCAUGAAAGUUCUACCAGAAAAUAUUACAACGGAUGCACAACUACACAAUAACACAAACUUAGAACAAAAUGAUUCCGAUGCUCACGACACAAACACUUUCAUGGCGACCAAGAAAGAAGAUGAAAAACUGCGUUCUCAAUCAUUCACUGAUAAAGUUCGUCGGAAAAAGGUGAAACCUUGCACGAAAGUUCUUCCAGAAAGUAUUACAACGGAAGCACAGCUACACAAAAACACAAACAACACCACACAGAUAUUGGGCAUAGAGCAAAAGGAACACAGACACCUAACAAUUUUAAGCCAAGAAACUAGACCAAAACCAAAAUCGCUACGAGUGCAACGAAAACGAAUUAUAAGUUGCUACGAAGAAAUCAUUUCGAUAAAUGAAUCUAUCGAAAACUUCAAUAUAGAAAUCCAUGAAACAAGUGUUGAAAAAAGAUCAGAAGCUGUAACUAUCCAAAAUGAAUCAACAAACUCAAGUAUGCCAGUCACAUCCGAAAACAACAACGUAAAUGGUCGUCUUGAUUCUGGUAUUGUCUCUGAUGAAAUCGAACAGGUACAACAAUCAUCGAAUAAUCUACCAAAUGGCACCGAGAAGACACCAUCGACAUCUUUACCUGACAAUGAUAAAAAACCAUCACAAGCAGCAAAAGCUCAAGGAACACAGCAAUCUGAAGAGAUACCGAAUGAAUUGAAUGAGCCCAUGACUGAUAAUGGCAGAAAGCGUGGUGUUAUCUCCGAUCAAAUAGCGAAGACCAACAAUAAAACAUUUGAAAUUGAGUUCUACGAAAAAGAUCAGCAAACUCAAGUGCUCAUUGAAACAGCCAUUGCCGCUAACGAUUUUCUGAAUAAUUUAAUGGACGAAGAUCGUUUGAAUUUAGUUGUUAAGGCCAUGAAACCGAUGGAAUUCGAAUCAAAUAGCAUUAUUAUAAAAGAGGGAGAAGAUGGUUCGCACUUUUUCGUAUCAGCUGAUGGCGAAUUUCAAGUCGUUAAGGGCGAAGAGGUGAAAACAACGUUCAAGGGAGGAGUUGUUUUCGGCGAAUUAGGUAUUUUAUAUAAGGCAAAACGAUUUGCAUCCAUUCGAACAACAACAAAGGCAAAAGUAUGGGCCUUGGAACGACGGACAUUUCAAAAAAUUGUUAUGAAUACUGUGAACCAGGAACGUGAACAAAAUAUAAAAUUUCUCAAAUCCGUUUCGAUUCUGAAUGAUCUGCCGAUGGAUGUUUUACAUAAAAUAGUCGAUCUACUCAAGCGGGAGUUCUAUUCAACUGGAACGACAAUUAUCAGACAAGGCGAUCCUGGGGAUAAGUUUUAUAUAAUCAGAGGUAAUGGAGUGACGGUGACAAAGAAAAAUAGCAAGGGUGAAACCCGUAUUGUUGGUAACUUAAAGCGAGGUGAUUAUUUUGGUGAACAAGCGCUAAUUAAUGAGGACAAACGAUUAGCAAGUAUAAUAGCAAAUGAGCCAGGCACUGAGUGUUUAACAUUGGAUAGAACAGCCUUCAAUAACUACCUUGGAACAAUUCCCGAACUGAAAGAAACUCCAGUCGAUAAAAUUCCGGAUAUUCAGCCUUCAACAACGAAAAUCAUUAAUCCAUUGUACCAUCACAUCAAACUUGAAGAACUGGACAUUAUAGGCACUUUAGGCGUCGGAGGAUUCGGACGAGUAGAGUUGGUACAGUAUCAAAAAAAGGAAACGUUCGCAUUGAAAAUACUGAAAAAAUAUGAGGUUGCCAAUCAAAAUCAAAUCGAACAUGUGUACAGUGAAAAGGAAAUAAUGGCCGUUUGUGAUAGCCCAUUCAUUGUCAAGCUUUAUAAGACAUUCCGUGACAACAAGUACAUAUACUUUUUGAUGGAAGCAUGUCUCGGUGGCGAUGUCUGGACUCAGUUACAGAAAUACAAAAGUUUUGAUGAAAAAACAGCUAAAUUUGUAACCGGUUGUGUGGUGGAAGCUUUUGACUAUUUACAUUCAAGGAAUAUAAUAUUUAGAGAUCUUAAACCGGAGAAUGCGAUUUUGGACUCUGAGGGAUACGUCAAAUUGGUUGAUUUUGGUUUCGCCAAAAGAAUCAAUCCCAACAAUAAGACAUGGACCUUUUCAGGAACGCCAGAAUAUGUUGCACCAGAAAUUAUCUUAAAUAAGGGACACGAUCGUGCCGUUGACUAUUGGGCUCUCGGUGUAUUCAUUCACGAAUUACUGGUUGGAAAACCGCCAUUCCGUGGCAGAGACCACAUGAAGACGUACAAUGCAAUUUUGCGUGGGAUUGAUGUAAAUACGAUGCCGCAGAAAAUACCGAAAACCGCGCAAGGUCUUAUUAAAGCGUUAUGCAGACAAAUCCCAACAGAUCGAUUGGGUUAUCAGAGACGUGGAAUAACGGACAUUAAGAAGCAUCUUUGGUUCGAUGGUUUCGAUUGGAAAAGUUUGCAAAGUCGUUCAACGCCAGCACCGUUGAAACGAUCGAUAAAAAGUAACACGGACCUGUCGAACUUUGAAGACUACCCGAAAGAUAAGGUUGACCCGCCAGACGAAAAUUCAGGGUGGGACAUUAAUUUUUAAACCGUCAAUAAAACGAAAUAACUAUAUGAAUACAGAUAUCAAGAAAAA